AUGGAAACUGCUUCAUCGAAGCAUACUGUUAGCAUAUCCAUGGUUAGUACGAGUUCAAGAGUAGGAAAAUCCAUGCUGAUUCGGUUUCUAAAGCAAACACGUUUUAUUGCACCUACAACAUACUGUUCCAAAGAUAAAUAUACAUUUGUCAAGAAUAAAUCAGUUAUUCUUCGAAAAAUCUCGUCAAAAAAAGAGGCAACUGUUAGACAAUGCACCAUCAACAGUGAUUUAGUACUUUUUAUUGUUCCGAGAACCUCAACACCGAAUGAUCAUACAAUAGCUUCUCUUCGGCAUACAGCAGAGAAUAAAGCUUUAUUUAUCAUUCGAACACAUUUCUAUGAAACUGUGAACGGUACUCGAAGAAAUGCUCAUUCGGCUGUGAAUGAAGGCGAAACACUGGAGAACGAACACGAAUCUCUUUGGUCUCAAUAUGGAGAAUUUUUAAAUUCUAAAAAUGAUAUCUACUUAAUUGGAAAUAAUUCAAAGGAUAAAGAAAAAUGGGAUUUUGAAAGAUUGAAGAAAGAUCUCAUGAUUAAAUACACAACUCGGUCACAAGAGCAGGUCAAUGAAUCAGUGGUUGAAAAUGAUGUCAAAAUUCUUCGUAUAGAUGUGCUAAUAGCUGAUCCAAAAUUAUCAAGCAAUUUGCAUCCAAAAGCUGAUAAGAAUCAAGUUCCUCUCGAUAGAGAACAACAAUUGUUCGCUGAAUAUUUCAGCACACAUGGUGUAGAUGAAAUCGGUCCCUAUUUGAUGUCUCGUUUACGAGAAUGGGAACAAUUGUCUCUGAAUAUUGCUGUCACUGGAAAAAGUGGUGCUGGAAAGUCAAGUUUUAUCAAUGCAAUACGAGAAGUGAAACCCAACAGUCCUCUAGCUGCUAAAACAGGUUCGACGGAAACCACUAAAGAAAUUAAAGAUUAUCCACAUCCUCAACAUAAAAAUUUAACAUUUUGGGAUUUGCCAGGCGUUGGAACAGAAAACUUUCCUCGUGACCGAUAUCUUGAACUAAUUGGCUUUGAACGAUUCGAUGCUAUGAUUAUUAUAUGCAGUGAACGUUUUACCGAAAAUGACAGUUGGCUAGCCGAACAGAUGAUUCAAAUGAGAAAACCAUUUUUUUUUCUGCGUAGUAAAAUCGAUCAGGACAUUAAGAAUGAUGAAGAAGAUUCACCUCCUCCGUUCGAUGAACGUACCGUAUUACAAAAGAUACGUGCGGAUUGUUUAGAGCAAUUACCUCAAUGUUCACAUCAACGGAAGGUUUAUUUAGUUAGCGGUCGUCAAAAAAAUUUGCAUCGAUGGGAUAUGGAUGAUUUUAUGCGUGAUCUUUGCCAAGCAUACCCUGAAUUGAAACGUGAAUCUUUUGUCUUUUCCAUGAGUGCACAUUGUCGUGCAGCUGUACGACUAAAAGUUGAAUAUCUUCGAAGACGACAGUGGAUUGUAUGCAGUGCUACUGCUGCAGCUGCUAUUCUACCUGUUCCUGCUCUUUCAACAAAUGUCAAUCUUAUAGCUUGUCUAACUGAAGCAAAAGAAUAUCGUCAACAGUUGGGCCUAUGCAAUGAAGCUGUCAAACGCUUGGUUGCAUUGAAAGAUACAUCAUCAGAAUACGUUCGGCAGACAAUCGAUUCAAUACUGCCUGCUCUAGAUGAUACGACUUUUGAAGCAGUAUUCAAAAAUUGUUUAUCGAAUCGAUAUGCAACCAUUGUUCAUUGUGUACCUGUUCUCAGCUCUGUUCGCGCAGUACAAAUCGUGACAGAAACACUAGAUUACUUUCUUAAUUUGAUGGAAAAGGUUGCAUUGAUUUUAAUCGACAUGCAUCUUAUUGACAUUCCGUCAUCACCAACGACUAAAACUGAACAUUCUGAUAUUGAAGUGAUUUCAUAA